UGUGUUUUUUCCACGUCUGUCCUCUACUGUUUUCUGGAAGACUAGCCCCACCUUCUAAAAGCUACCAAGUGUGCACAGACUCCAUCCAGCUCGAGUCACGUCGUGGUCCAGCGAUGCAAAGGACUGAAGUCUCAAGCUGGGAGAGCCUGUGCUGUCUUCAAAAUAGUACAACAGACUUCUAGAUAGGAAGGAAAGAAGGAAGCGAAUGAAGACUAUAAAAGAAAAGAAGGCACAUCCAAGAUUGAGAAAAACUUCCAGGACUAAGAAGGUAACCCAGAAGAAGCUAUCUUCAGGCCCUGUUUGCCUGCUAUGCCUUCAAGAACCUGGUGAUCCGGAGAAACUAGGAGAAUUUCUUCAGAAAGGCAGUCUCUGUGUGCACUAUUUCUGUCUUAUCCUAUCUAGCAAGCUGCCUCAGAAGGGCCAAUCCAACAGAGGUCUCCAUGGGUUCAUGCUGGAAGACAUCAAAAAGGAGGCAGUCCGGGCUUCUAAGAAGAUCUGCUUUGUGUGCAAGAAAAAGGGAGCUGCCAUCAAAUGCCAGAAUGAUCAGUGCGUCAAAAACUUCCAUCUGCCUUGCGGCCAAGAGAGGGGUUGCCUUUCACAAUUUUUUGGAGAGUACAAAUCAUUUUGUGGAAAACAUCGCCCAACACAGAACAUCCAACAGGGGAGCCUGGGGGAGGAAAGCUGCGUCUUGUGUUGCGAAGACUUAUCCCAAACAAGUGUUGAGAAUAUCCAGAGCCCAUGCUGUAGUCAACCUGUCUACCACCGGAAGUGUAUCCAGAAAUAUGCCCACACGUCAGCAAAGCACUUCUUCAAGUGCCCGCAGUGCAACAACCGAGAAGAGUUUCCGCAAGAGAUGCUGAGGAUGGGGAUUCACAUUCCCGACAGAGAUGCUGCUUGGGAGCUGGAGCCAGGGGCUUUCUCAGAGCUGUAUCAGAGCUAUCAGCACUGUGACGCCCCCGUCUGUCUGUACAAACAAGGCAGAGACAACUUUGAGGACGAAGGGCGGUGGCGUCUCAUUCUGUGCGCUACCUGUGGGUCCCACGGAACCCACCGAGGCUGCUCCUCUCUUAGACCCAACAGCAAAAAAUGGGAGUGUGAUGAGUGCUCACCUGCUUCCGCCAUGGGCAGGGCUGGAAGGAUGGUCUAGUGUUACAUAUCUGAAGACCCGAGUGACAUCCCCUGCUGCAGCUGGACCUUGCAUCCCCAGGAGCUUUUCUUCAGGGCCACCAACCUGGAAGAGAAUUGGGGCUCUUCCUGCGCUGAGUGGCUCCAGCCAUCCCUGUGAGAAAAGCCCGAGUCCUCUGGUGGCAGAAGCCACUCCUGGAGAUCCAAAGGAGUCAGAACCACUAAGAACUGCAAAAAGCCCAAGUCACAGCUUCAGAGUAGUGGCUGCCAAGGGCAGUGGGGUACGGAACAGCGCUGCUGCAUCAGUUUGGAGGUGGCACUUUGAAAUCAUGAGACUCGGGGGGCCAGCAGUGAGAUGACCAGCCAAGUGGAGAGGUCUGGGGGUGGGGGGGCUGAGAGUAGAACUGACCGGGUCUACAUGCCAACAGCUGAGCAUAGGGCACCUCGGCUCUUUCUCCCCAAUUCCGUCCUCCCUCACCAAGACUCCUCCAGCGUGGAUGGUUUUCAUACGCCUGCUCUCGUUCACUGUGCAAUAAAGUUGUCUCCAGUGGUAGCUCCUUA